GCUCGUAUUACGUGAUUUCGAUAGAUACUAAUGAAUAUGUUCUGCCAUCUUAAAUGAAAUAUAAAUAUGUAAAAAACAAUCACUUACCUUGUGAAGCUGCUGGGUAGAUCAUUGGGAUCUUAGAAAAACUAUAAACACGAAUGCACCCUAAUUACAAGACAACACCGUCAGCGAGUAAAUAAUGAAGCCGAAGUAUGUGUUUUCUUCAGGUUCGGAACAUUAAUAGAUAACGCUUGUGUUUGUUACUUAGCCUAGUCCUUAGAAUUUUAUGAAAAUACCACAUUUAAUGGUUUCCUUGUUAAUAUGACGAUUAAAACCCUCAGGGAAAGACCCCAGCACAUAUUAAUUUAUAUGUCGUGGCACCAACAGACAACUCCACCUGAGCACAAAGAAAGUCAGCGAGACACGAAAUAUCAGACCCAGUUGAAGAAUGGACCCCGACCACAGCUCUCUUGAUGUAUCAUCUCCUGCACCGUCACACAACCACAGCUUGAUCUCUAUUGAUAGAGGCCUUGGUGUUGUUGAGCUCGAUUCACAUGUGGGGGAGUUGGACUCGUACAACAUGAUAGAGCCUCCUCCUUUAGAGUGGAAGUCUGACUCCUCCACUGAGGCUGGGUCAGCAGAAGACCUGGACGACGGCAGCUUCCUCUCUCCUUCUGGCUAUCUGGAAAAGGCCAGCUCAGAUGAAGUCCAUGUGAACGGCACCCUGGCUUCACCUGAUGUGAAGCAGCAGGAGCUUGUGGCAAACAGCACAGAGUUGAAAAAGGAGAAGAAAGUUGAAGUUGAAGUGGAAGUGGAAGUUGAAGUGAAAGAAGAUGUGGAUAGCAUUCAACAGAGAGCACAUGAUGCAAAUGCGCAGGAUGAAGAAGCUAACCAAAUACAAGGCGAUGAAGACCACACCCGUAUCCAAACAUUGCUCUGCCAACUUCAGAUGAUGGGGGAAGAAGCUCACACUUGUCCCAGAACACCGCCUUGCCUCACUGAGUAUCCACACUCGGGUCCCUGUGAUCUUGAGGAAUGUUCUUUGUUAUCAGCCUUACCAGAGGACAGCACUGAAACCACUGGGUUGUUGUUUUCUGAAAGCAACCAGAGAGAUGUGUUGGGACUGCUGCAGUGCACAGACAUCAGCGCUAAGCUGCAUCACAGCUGCCAUCCCCUCAAAGGAGAAAUGGAUGCCGUCGUGUCCGUUUCUUACAACCAGGAAGACGCCCAGAGUUUCUGGGGGCCGCAUGGGAAUAAUCAACAGCAGCCAUACAGGGAAGAAGGCUCGGUCAACUUGCUGCCUGACACUGACUUUCUUGAGCCGGUAUGGGUGAAAUUGAGGGAAGAGGGACAAGAGGGGGAGGUUUCUGCAGAGCACGAGCAGGAUGCCGAUGAUCAGCCUUCAUACAAAGAUGUGCCUGGUCCAUGUGACCCUGAAGACCUCUUAGAUGGAGUCAUAUUUGGUGCAAAGUACCUGGGCUCAACACAGCUCAAGUCGGAGAAGAACCCAUCUACAAAUGCCCGUAUGGCACAGGCUCAGGAAGCGGUGGACCGCAUUAAGGCCCCAGAAGGGGAAUCCCAGCCAAUGACCGAGGUGGAUCUGUUCAUCUCCACUCAGAGGAUCAAAGUUCUCUCUGCUGACACACAGGAGGCCAUGAUGGAUCACUCUUUGCAGAUGAUUUCUUUCAUUGUAUUCUUGUCUAUCGGACCGAUUUCGAUUUGA